AUGUAUAUUUUGACGGGUUUUGGAAUAACCGGAGGAGCACAUAGACUGUGGACACACAAGGCUUAUAAAGCGAAACUUCCAGUAAAAAUUCUGAUGCUGAUUGCUUUUGCAGGCGCCGGGCAGAAUUCCUUAGUACAAUGGGUUCGAGAUCAUCGGGUCCACCAUAAGUACAGUGAUACAGACGCAGACCCACACAACGCCAAUCGUGGUCUCUUCUUCUCCCAUAUCGGAUGGUUAAUGCUCAAAAAGAACGACCAGGUCAUCCUUAAAGGAAAGCAGCUUGAUAUGAGUGAUAUCACUAAUGACCCUCUGUUGAAGUUUUACAAUAAAUACUUUACAUACUUCAAAUUAUUGAUAUGCUUCGUAUUACCACUUACAAUAUCGACGUACUUCUGGCAAGAAAAUUGGAAGUGUGCGAUAGCAUGGCAGUGGUUUUUGAGAUAUUUAGGCAUGUUCCACAGUGAGCUAACAGUUAACAGCCUCGCCCAUACUUAUGGGUACAAGCCUUAUAACAAGAACAUAGUCCCAAGGGAGAAUCGUUUCGUAUCAACGGUGACCCUCGGUGAAGGCUGGCACAACUAUCAUCAUAUGUUUCCUUUUGACUACAAGGCGGCUGAGCACUUUGAUUGUUUUAACUUUACCUCAUAUUUCAUACGAUCUUUUCAUAAGUUGGGGCUCGUGUACGACUUACGAGAGGCCACUCCGGAAAUGAUAAAUUCUGCGGCUAAGAGAUUAGGAGAUGGCACGCCAGUACAUUUCCCGAUUAACACAGAUUAUUAA